UUCUCUAGCCGUACCCCCUCUCUCUCUCUCUAUAUAUAUAUAUAUAUAACAAACACUACCCUUACACUCUGUCUCCUUCUCUCUCUCUCUCUCUCUCUCUCUCUCAAGAGUGCUAUGGUGGAUCUUCAGACGGUGUGCUGCAUGUGCGGCGACGUUGGUUUCCCCGACAAGCUUUUCCGAUGCAACAAAUGCCGCCACCGCUUUCAGCACUCGUAUUGCAGCAACUACUACGGGGAGUUACCUGAAAUACAACUGUGCGAUUGGUGCCAAACCGCAAAAACCGUCGCUUCCAAUUCCAAGAAACCGCCAUCUCUUGCCGGAACAACCAACCGUUCGGAAUAUUCCGGCGACAAAAUCAAGCAUCAUGAUCGCGAAGUAGAGAUUACCGCCUCCGAGAAGGGAAAGAGCCCAACGCCCUCGCCGAGAACCGCCACACGCAGGUACAAGCUUCUCAAGGAUGUCAUGUGUUAAAACAAAUAAACAAGAAGCUUAGAUCAGAUCAACAUCAAUCACCACCACUACUACCACUACUACUAGCUAGCUAGCUAUAUUAAUUAGUAUUAGUCUUAAUUAAUUAGGUGACUAUUUAUAUUACUCUGUGUCCAUGUAGUAGAGCUUUGUGUGCGACGCGAAAUUGCAUGUGUGUUUAUAUCUUUGAUCUUGGCUUGAUGAGUUGCUUUUUCUAUCGAUCUAAGUAAUAUAAGUUGUGAAUACAGCUAUAAAAAUAUGGAUAUGUAUAUUUAAUGUAUUAUCUAGCUUCAACUUUUUCUUUCCC